AUGAGAUUCUUCCCGUUACUAUCUACGACAUUCCUGAUUGGAGUAUGUUAUUGUGUUCCUCCAGAUUCUAAAAUAGGUGGUGAUAAAGCUACGCAGCAUUUUAGGGAAGCCAAUUCUACUUCUCAAGUUCAACGGGUAGCUCAACAGAUUCUACAAGAGAAACAGAAUGUUCCAGACACAAAGGUUGGAGCUCCUAAACCUGUUCCACGACAUCACUCCACCAAAGAACUCGUAGUUCCAAUUACCCUAGACUUGGCUAAGGUGGAUACAAACUCAGUUGAUGUUCCAGAUACUACUACGAAGGAUGGCAUAAAUACAACCUACUACUACCCAAAGGGAAAGUUUUAUUUUGAAAAGAUAGUGGAUGGAACCAGGACAGUAUGGGAGUCUACUAAAGAGAAAUGUUCUCCAGCGUACACUAUCUCAAAGGGUAACGUAACAUUUCUUGCUCUCUUGCUAAAGAAGUCUGAUGAUGAGACCGAUUUAAUAUACUACGAAAAGAAGAAUCUAGGGUGGAAGCUUGUCGAGAAGACAAAGAGUGAAAAUAUAAUAGAGGAACUAAAGAGGCAGCCUGAGCAACCAGCUGUAAAAACCAUCGACUUGGAUCUUUCAGAUGUUGAUUCUACAGCAUUCUCUGUAGAAGAAUCUGAGGAGGAUAAGGUUCCUCUUAAGAAAUUUGCCGUUAAAACUGAUCAUCACUUGAAUGAGAUAAAUGAUGGAGAUUCUGAACUUUGGAAAUCCGAUUCUCCGGACAAACAUUGUACACUUGCUACGGUAUACUUUGAGGAAGAGAGUCCUAUGCUAGCAUCCCUAACACUUAACCAAGGAUUUGUUUAUUUAAAAAAUAAGGACGGUAAAUGGGCUGUUGUUUCUAAGGAUGACUAUGAUGUUGCAUUGACUGAGAUUUAA